AAUGUAUAUAAGCCCAUUAAGGUCCAUCCCUCUCUCUCUGACUCUGUGUAUUUCUCCUCCACAAAAAGCCAAAUUUGUUUGUUUGUCCUUUUUUCUUUCGCCCACCCUUUGCAUGGCACUGUCACUUGCUGCAUUGCCGAGUCUCUAGUCAGCUUAUUGGGUGUGAUUGUAGUAGAAGGUCAUCAUGGACUCGGGUAAUUCUUGGGAUGCUAAAAAGAUGCUUGAUUUGUAUUUGCACGAUUAUUUGGUGAAAAGGAAGUUGCACGACACAGCUGCAAUUUUCAGAAAAGAAGCAAAUGUUGGUGAACAUCCUGUUGCAGUUGAUUCAGUUGAUGGGUUUCUACAUGAAUGGUGGACAUUAUUUUAUGAUAUGCAUGCCUCUAGACAACUUAAACAUGAAGAGGCCAAGGGGAAGUUCCCUGCUAAGGAUGGACAAAUAAUUCAGGAUGGACAAAUACUACAGCAUGCACUACAAAAUAUGCGUCCAAUUCUGCCAAAAUUAGAUGUAUACCACCAGAAACAUGGAGAGUUUCCAUUUGGCUCUCACUACAAGAUGUCGGGGGCCUCGGGGCAGCCUCCUGCUUGCCUUUUGCCUGCAAGAAUGUUAGAGGAACAACAAAGUCUUUGUUACCCUGUUAGCAACUCUAAUCCAAAUUUAUUGCAACUUCAUGGUAAUAAGCUGAAUUUAUCAAAGUCAGCCGCAACCAGUCCAAGCUUCUUGCAGCAGCAACUUCAGAAUCAGGCUCAACAACUGACUGUGAGAUCAACUAGAAAUAUUAACAGCAUCGCUGAAGCUAAUCCUAUGGACAUUGGUCUCCUUGAAGGAGUACCAAAGGGGAUACUUGCAAGACCUAAAUCCUGUGGUGCAGAAGUAAAGCCAGGCUAUUCAGAAUCCUUAAAUGGACGGCUUUCAAACUCACUGAUGCAGACACCAAGCCAACCACAACAGUUUCCUAUGUUGGCAGAGAAACAACAACACAAUCUAUUGGGUCAUUCCCCAUCACUUACAUUUGGAAACUUGGCAUCUGCUUUUCCUGGAAGCUUUGCUAAUUUUGAUGGUCAAUACGUGAUUCUUCCUGAGAGUAAAAUGAAUGGAAAAGAUGCAAAGUUGAUGGUCCAAAUGAAACAAACUGAAGAGCACCGACACAAACAUGAUCACCAUAUGCAGCAGCAGUUACCAGAGAACGGCAGAAAGAGAAGGAAAUUGUCUUAUUCAAGAGCUGGAGACCACAUUUUGGGUUGUGCAAAUGCUGAAGUUGAUAAACCUGCAAAUGAAAAUGUUGAAUCCUUUUUAUGCACCGGUGAUGACAAAAAUAAUGACAAAGGCACUCCUCUUGGCAAUUUAAAACGCCGUUCUACAGCUUGUGCUAAAAAUGAUCAUAAAGGCUUUGCUUUUGAAGAGAUUGGUUGCCUUCGCUCAAGCAAAAGCAAGGUGUUAAGCUGUCAUUUUUCAUCUGAUGGGAGACUAUUAGCCAGUGCUGGACAUGACAAGAAGGUUUUUAUUUGGAACAUGGAAACGUUUGAUUUCGUUAAUUCUUCAGAAGGACAUUCACUUCUAAUUACAGAUGUUCGAUUUAGACCAAAUUCGACUAUAUAUGCCACAUCUUCCUUUGAUAGAACAUUGCAAAUAUGGGAUGCAACCAAACCAAGCAAAUCACUUUUCAAGCUUUUAGGUCAUGCUGAUCAAGUGAUGGCAUUGGAUUUCCAUCCGAGAAAGGCAGAUCUACUCUGCUCAUGUGAUAGCAAUGAUGAGAUCCGAUUAUGGAAUGUCAACCGUUGUGCUUGCACACAUGUUUCUAAGGGAGCAUCUAAACAAGUCAGAUUCCAGCCUCAAUAUGGCAAGUUAUUGGCUACUUGCUCGAGAAAUAAUAUUAAUGUAAUUGAUGUUGAGAAUGACACUGGUGUCCAAUUCAAUUUGAAGGGGCAUGCAAAAGAAAUCCAUUCUCUUUCCUGGGAUAUGAGUGGGAAGUAUAUUGCAUCUGUUAGUGCAGACAGUGCACGAGUAUGGUCACUUGUGUCAGGUGGAAGUUGCAUGUAUGAAUUGCAUUCAAAUGGCAACCAGUUCCAGUCAUGCACCUUUCAUCCUGGAUACUCACAGCUCCUGGUAAUUGGCAGCUAUCAGUCCCUUGAGUUAUGGAAUCCGAUUGAGGGAAACAAAACAUUGUCGGUUCCGGCACACAGUGGUUUAAUUGCUGCACUGGCUGACUCACUAGAGACUGAAACGAUUGCAUCAGCAAGCCAUGACCAAUGUGUCAAGUUAUGGAAAUGAGAUCCUUUCAGAUGCCUCCAUAUAAACUAUGUACUUGUAUGUAUGCCUAUGAAGUUUUUUGAAUUACACACAUCUCAUGGGACAGAUGUGUAGAUGGUGAUAUUGGCGAACUCCAUUUGUGGAGAAUAAAUGCCGACACUGCUGAAGAUACAAAUGUUAUCGUAGCAUGAUAGGCAAAAGAUAGAAUCUUGAAAUUGUAUCUUACACAGUUUUAUAAAUCUCAUAUAAUCAAAUGUAUGGAUCAUGAAAAGUUUUUAGUGAAUUUCUAUCACAUUAGCUU